AUGCUCGUCCCUCUUUCGUUCCUUGACGGUCCUGUGGUACCGGAGGGCUCCUCCCUUGGUCUUUCCCUUGGGGACAUGAUAUCAAAGUCUUCCAUUCGAUCUCUGGUCGAUUGCCUUUGCUCUGGCCAAAACCCUGCAAUUUACGCUCCUGAUCGCACUCGACCACCAUUACUGCAUGACGACAUUCGUACCUUCGUCUCCAAUUUCGUUAUGCCCCAUUCACCUAACCGAAAACAACUUGGUCGUAAUGACAGGGUUAUAGUCGCCCUGUCAGCUGGCCCCGAAAACGCGCUUGCGCUACUGGCGUUGGGAAGCUAUCACUCGUGCGCUCCAGUCAAUGCGAGCUGCACCGCUUCGGAAUUACGAGAAGACGCAUUACGCCUCAGAGCAAAGGCCAUCGUGACUACUAACGACAUCGCGACACGACUCAGAUUGAAGUUCCUCCAAGAAGAGCUCGAUUGCGAAUUGCUCUACGUUAUACCACGAUCAUCGGGUCCAGCUGGACUAUUCAACCUGACCAUAGAAGGCGACGCUGGUAUAGUCAACCCGAGACAACCCGCAGAACCGCAUGGCCUAGAUGACAAUUCCCUCAUACUGCAUACAUCGGGCACAAGUGGAAGGAAGAAAGUUGUGCGGUAUUCGCUCCGAACGCUAUUAGUAGGUACUUGGUGUGUGGUCCGUUCUUGGGACCUAAAGCCCGAUGACAUUAAUCUGAACAUGAUGCCGCUUUUUCAUGUUGGGGGACUGGUGCGGAAUUUACUCGCGCCAGUCCUUUCUGGAGGCAGCGCUAUAAUGUGCCUAGGCUUUGACCCAAAUGCUUUUUGGACCCUUGCGUCGCAGCUUAAUGCCACAUGGUAUUAUGCCUCCCCUACCGUCCAUCGUGCCAUUCUCUCUGCAAAAUCCGAUACCACCGUUCCGUCAAGAGAUUUACGUAUCCGAUUAAUCUGCAAUGCGGCUGGAGGACUUCUGCCUUCCCUCGCUCAGGAGCUCAAGGCCACGUUCGAUGCUGUCGUCCUUCCAUCUUACGGAAUGACUGAGUGCAUGCCGAUCGCUACGCCCCCAACGGAUUACAAACUUGACCGUCCAGGGUGCUCAGGAAUUGCGUGCGGACCUUAUCUCUCCAUUCGUGAUCCCCAUGACCUUGAACGUGAAGUACAAACGGGUGAAACGGGCGCAAUAUGCGUUCGUGGCCUUCCGACUUUCGACGGCUAUGAAGUUUCCCCCGACACGAGCGUUGCUCUUGACACUUCUACAUUCUCUAUGGAAGGCUGGUUUGAUUCUGGAGAUGUUGGUUACAUGGAUAAAGAUGGCUAUUUGUAUAUCACCGGUCGAUCGAAGGAAAUCAUCAACAAAGGCGGAGAAGUCGUGUCACCUUUUGAAGUCGAGGAAGCUAUCACAAUCGCGGCUAAAGACUGCGUGAAGACAGUGCUAGCGUUUUCAGUUGAGCACGACGUUCUUCAGGAAACAAUAGGCGUUCUGAUUGUACCUGCGUUAAAUCGGUCUCGUGUGAGCUUGCAGCAGUUACACGAUCUACUCAAAGGCCGUUUACAUCCUUCUAAAUGGCCAUUCUUCGUUGUCUAUAUUGACGAGAUUCCCAAAAAUAGUGCGGGAAAGCCCCUCAGAAUAGGUCUAUCCAAACGGCUAGGCAUUGGGAUUUUGACAGAUAAUGUACCCUAUCUGCAUCGUCAUUUCGAAGCCAGACUGCCUGCAACUGGGUGGGCGUUGUCGGAACCUAUUUCAUGCACCCGAGUCUCAGUCAACGUGGAUGAAGUUCGAUGUGCGUUGCGCACUAUCGCAGGCGUCGAUGAUGUUGCUCUGCGAUGCCGCGCCGACGGCUCUGCAGAUGCUUAUGUCUCUAUUGCUCCCCAUUCGACGGUUGUGGGAGGCCACUUGACUGGCUUUAUUUCUCAGUCCCUCCCAGGAUAUGUUAUUCCGAAUACCGUCCGCCUCGUCCAUGGACCCCUCAUCAAGAGCCAAUUCGGUGACUACGAUUUCGAAGCCAUGGAACAGCAAUUGUCGAGAACAUCCGCUGCUUAUAUGUCUAAACGGCAACUCCUUGUGCGCGAUAUUUUUGCGGAGAUCUUGAAUGUCGAUUCUUCGCGUAUCCAGACCGACUCCGAUUUCUUUCUCCUGGGAGGAAAUUCGUUGCUUCUCGGCAAGCUAUCGUACCAUGUUCGCAGACGUUCAAGCGUCAACAUUGGGAUCGCGGAGCUGUUUUCCGACAGUACUCUUUCCGGCAUUGCAUCACUCAUUGAGGAGAAGGAGCCGGUAGAGACUGAAUCGGAGUUCUUCGAAGAAGAAAAGAUAGGCGAUACUGUCAGUUCAUCCACGACCACGUUAUCUGUGGAUUAUGACUUUGAGAAAGACCCAGAGUAUACUCAAACGAAACGAUCACGCGGCCAGAAUCACCCCUUAUGCCUCAUCAUCCAGGCGUUGCCAUUCCUCUUCUUUUAUCCUUUCAAAACUGCGUUAACAUGGACCGCAUUAUUAUUCAUGCUAUCUUGCCUGGCGCAUCUCACUGUCGGCUCCUUCUGGGAACGAUUACUCGCCCUUCUUACAUCUAUCAUCGCAGCGAGGCUACUUGCACGCGUCGUUUCCCCUUUGGUAGCGAUUGCGUUCAAAUGGAUCGCGAUUGGUAGAUAUAAACCAGGUACAUAUCGAAUGUGGUCAUCAUAUUACCUACGUUGGUGGAUUGUGAAUCAAGCACUCAGGAUCUCGGGCCGAGGAAUCUUUGCUGCUCAUCCCUCUUUGACCAUCCUAUACUAUCGUCUUCUUGGAGCUCAAAUUGGCAAGGACGUGGUCAUCGACGAAAACACGAAACUGUUUGAAUGUGAUUUGCUCAUCCUUCAAGAUGGUUGCCGACUGGACACUUCCGCUCUUCGUGCAUUUUGUGUGGAGCGAGAAGGGUUCUUUCGUCUUGCGCCAAUCACCGUCGGACGGAGGGCUUUUAUAAACACCUACACCUCCAUCUCCCCAGGCACCUCCAUUCCAGACAACACUGUCUACGGCCCUCAUGCGUCUUCUUAUGAUGAGCCAUCUCCAAAAUCGUUUGCCGCGUACAAUCGGACCUUACUAGCUCAACCGAAUCUUGCUCUCCGAAUCUUCGUCGCAUGGCCAAUCAUGCUCACUGUCAUCUUUUUGUCAUACGUACCUUGGAUGCUCGCUAUCUUCGCGAUGAUUGAUCAGACCCACAUAUCUCGCGUAGGAUUGAAUGACAUGGAGUCUAUCAUCUGGUGGUUUGCAAAUCCAGAACGUGUCCUCUAUCACGCGUUGGCAAGGGUGGUUCGCGCGAUAUUCAGGCCUCUGAUUCAGCUGGCACUAGGCAUCGUAGUCAAACGGGCAUUCGGCCUCAAUACUGAGACGACGAAUAUGACCCUUUCUCAGACUGUUCUUCUGAGGCGAUACAUCAACUCGAUCUUGCUCUCGGACAAGUCCUUGAAGGACGCAUUCUCAAUCUUGGGCACCCAUUAUGAAGUCGUCUCGAUUAUUUAUCGAGCUAUGGGUGCCAAAAUCGGAAAGCGCAUAUAUUGGCCAGGUUCGGGCAUAAAAUGCCCAGAUCCUGAACUACUCGAGAUCGGUGACGAUGUCGUUUUCGGGUCUCGUUCGGCUCUGAUUACGACAGAUCGAUUGGGCUCGGGGAAAAUCAUGAUUGAACGCGGGGCUAUGAUCGCUGAUCGAGUCGUCCUUUUACCUGGAACCCGCGUAGGGGCGAGGGCCGUAAUGGGUUCAGGUGCACUUGGGAAACGUUGCACGUCGUAUGCUGCCGGCUCGACAUGGAUCGGAAACGAGGGCGGGGAAGCAGUUUGCUUGAACAAAGGAGCUACAGAUUUGAAUCAGGAGGCCCGAGAUACGAUAACACCCUUCGGGAAAGCGUUUUACAACAGCGAAGCCAACUACUUGGUUCUUACUUACCCAUUCAUCCUUGGCAUUAGUAUCCUCGUCACGGCACUCUCUGCGACAUAUUGGUCUAUCAGCGCUGUCGGUGCCGCGCAGAUCUUGCGAUAUGUCCAGAUUCACCUUCGCCAUCUACAGCUCUUCAGGACAACCUGGCUUUGCUUUGGACUUCUGUACGGUAUCAUCGCCAUCUGCUUCGUCGUCCUCUUGAGCGUGCAAGGAAUCCUUUCCAUCCUCUGGGUCAUCGCUACGAAAUGGCUCCUCAUCGGUCGACGUCGUGAGGGCCGAGGAUUUGGAUACGGCGGCGUCCUCGCGCCGUUGUGUGGCACAUCAUAUAUUGUUUGGUAUUUCCGGGCUCUUGGAGCCAAAAUUGGGGAGAACUGUUCAAUAUGGGCUGGUGGGAGGCUUGGUCUCAUGACGGAACCUGAUCUCGUCAAGCUCAGUGACAACGUCAAUCUGGAUGACUGUUCAGUGGUGGCUCAUAUCAACUCACGCGGGCGUUUCUCUUUAAACCGACUUUCCAUUGGCGAUGGAUGCGCCAUGCGCUCAGGAUCAAGGCUGCUCUCUGGGGCGUCCAUGGAAGAGAACAGCGUGCUUUGUGAACAUACACUUCUCACCUCAGGCGAAGUAGCUGACUCUGGUGCGAUGUACGCUGGCUGGCCAGGCAAGAGGCUGCAAGAUCACCCCUCUGCAAAAGACAAGGAAGGCGGCAUCACGUACUCGGCGAUCUUGACCUGCCCAAUAUGUCGGCGAUUCCCAAAGGAAAGCACAAUGGUCAACAAUUGCGGACACCUGUUCUGCCAAGUGUAG